AUGUUGUCAUUUAAAAAGCAAUUCAUACCUAUUUUUAGGAAAUCAAUUCCUAAUCAAGCCAAAGUCACAGUUGCUUCAUAUACCACAAUAUGUAAAAACAUAACUAAAUCAUCAACAAUUACCACCCCCAAAAUUUUAACAACUAAACCAAUCUCAUCUUUCUCAUCAUCAAUUAAAUUUUCCUCAAAUAUAUCAAAAAGAUCAUAUAGUGUAUUAACCGAAUCACCAGAAGCUAAAAUUUAUAAAUAUGAUGAUAUUAAAAAAAUCGCAUCAAAUCCAGAAAAAUUUCCAGAAUCAGUAUUAAUUGAUGUAAGAGAACCAGUAGAAUAUAGUGAUGGUCAUAUUCCAGGAGCAAUAAAUAUUCCUUUCAAAAGUUCACCAGGAGCAUUAGAUUUAAAUGAAGAUGAUUUUCAAGAAAAUUUUGGAUUUAAUAAACCAAGUGAAGAUAAAGAAUUAGUAUUUUAUUGUUUAGGUGGUGUUAGAUCAACUGCUGCUGAAGAAUUAGCUUCUACUUUUGGUUAUAAAAAAAGAGGUAAUUAUUUAGGUAGUUAUGAAGAUUGGCAAUCUCAUGAAAAUAAAAUUAAGAAAUAA